GCUUGGAAGUGAAGGGGGGAAAUCAAAUAGCAUAUCAAAUAGCCCAUCCUCCUUCAUAUCCGUCUACAAAUUACUGUUAUUAGCUUUAAUGGAAACGUGAUAUUACUGGGGGAGGGGGGUUUGUGUGGGGACGGCACGUUUUGUGAUGUCGCUCUCAGGUGUCAGUGUUAGUGACAUGAAAGCGUCUGUCGUAGUGUCUUAAAAGUAUGCGCCCAUCCAGCUUCACUGGGAUAUGGAGGUGUGCGAUCCACACAUUCAAGAUAAGCAGACUGUCUCCAGUUAGAAGAAGCCUAUGCACCAGCAACGAUGGCCCAGGUGCUUUGUGUGACGCGGAGACCAUCUUUGCGUUGUCAUCAGGCCACGGUAGAUGUGGUGUAGCUGUGGUACGUGUCAGUGGUCCUGCGUCCUCCGCAGCCCUGAGGCGUAUGGCUGGGUUCAAACACAGCCUGCCCCCUCCUCGUACGGCCUUGCUUCGCAGCAUCAUGGACCCUCACUCCAAUGAGGUGUUGGACCGUGGCCUCAUCCUCUGGUUCCCAGGUCCACACAGUUUCACAGGAGAGGACAGUGCAGAGUUCCAUAUCCAUGGUGGUCCUGCUGUCAUUGCAGCUGUCCUAAAGGGCUUAGGAAGCCAGCCUGACAUGAGGCCUGCUGAGGCUGGAGAGUUCACUCGACGGGCUUUUCAUGCAGGGAAACUGGGACUAACAGAGGUGGAAGGUCUGGGGGAUCUGAUACACGCUGAGACAGAGGCCCAGAGGAGGCAGGCCCUCAGGCAGAUGUCUGGAGAGCUUGGACACCUCUACCAGGACUGGAGCGAUAAGCUGAAACGGUGCUUGGCUCACGUUGAAGCCUUCAUAGACUUCAGUGAAGAUGAGCUCAUUGAGGACAGGAUCUUAAAUCAAGUGGAUGUGUCAGUGUGUGAUCUGCAAGCAGAGAUAGAGGACCACCUGAGAGAUGAGAGGAGGGGUGAGAGGUUACGCAGUGGAGUCCAUGUGGUCAUUGCAGGUGCCACUAAUGCAGGGAAAAGCAGCCUUCUGAACAAACUAUGCCAACGCCCAGCAGCCAUUGUGUCCCCGAUUGCCGGAACCACCAGAGAUGUAGUGGAGACGUCUCUGGACAUCGGGGGUUUCCCUGUCCUCCUGAGUGACACAGCUGGUCUCAGGGACAGUCUAGACCUGGUGGAGAGAGAGGGGGUCCGCAGGGCUCGGGAAAGGGUGCAGCAGGCCGACCUGACUCUGCUGGUGGUGGAUUCUGCUCAGCUUCCCUCAGACGCCCAGCAGGUUCCUGUCUCCCUACAGGAGCACCUCAUGGAUGUCUUGCCGACCCAGGAGCACUUUAACCCAGAACGGUAUCUGCUUGUGCUGAAUAAGACAGACCUGGUCUCUGAGGAGCAGAGGUUACGGCUGGAGAGAGAGCUGAGAUGUUUUUCUGGUCUUCCUCCAGUCUGUCUGAUCUCCUGUCAGACCAGCUCAGGACUGCAGGACUUCCUCACUGUGCUGCACAGCACAGUCAAGGCCCUGUGUGGCGACCCCUUGUCUGGUGCCCCCAGUCUGACCCAAGCACGCCACAGGGCCCACCUGCAGCAGUGUGUUGCAGCUUUGAAUCAGUACCGGCGGUACCGGGACAUAGACCUGGCACUGGCAGCUGAAGGAGUCCGGCUGGCCCUCACCAGUUUGGGCCGGAUCACUGGACGUAUCGGAGCUGAAGAGAUUCUAGAUAUCAUCUUCAGAGACUUUUGCAUUGGAAAAUAGUCAGACGAAGUGCAGUGAAAACAUGGAAAUACCUGAUUAAAAAACCUUAGAUAAAGGAAAAAGGGCUUUGGUCAGGAAGGCGAUGGUAGUGGGUGUGGUUCUGGCCUAAAGGGUUAUGAUGUUUUUAAUUUAAAUGACAGCACAGUGAAGAAUUGGUUUGCUUUGGGGUUAGGGUUAGGUUAACGUGUCUUGUUUUUUAUUCCUAGCGUAUUGUUUGUGUCUGUUUAGUUUAGAUCUGCAAAACAAUCAUUUUUCCUUGCCGUAGAUGUUAAUUAUGAUGACUGAUUCAUUGCAACCUGGCAUGAGACGUGUAAAUUUAACCUUGGUUUCCGUUACAAAUAGCAGUGGAGCCUACGCAUGGUUCUCUUUUUUUUCAUACAUUUUACUUGAAUAAUUUUCACAAAGGAUCAUAGCUGAGUUUUUGUUACAUUAUAAAAUUCUCAUCAACGGUAAAAAAAAAAAGAUUCCUUGCUUUUGCACAUUAAAUACCAAAAAAGUUAAUCCUCUUCAAUGAGUCAAUUUGUUGCUCAGUGUAAAAAAAAAACCCAGUUACAAUGGCCAACAUUUAAUCCAGCUGCCAUCCCACAGUUAAUUGUAUCAAAUUCAAAAAGCAGGCUGUAGUUUGUAUCUACUGUAAACUAUUCUUUUGUCUCAUUCCUGAAAUGAAGUGAUUCACUGUGUGUAUAUAUAUAAACACAACAAGAAAAUCUAA